AAAAAAAAAAAAAAAAAAAAAAGGAAAGAGUCAAGAGUCAAAGAAACGAGUCGACGUCAACAAUUGAGGGGCGGUGGUAUAAUGGCGGUAUUAAGUCGAGAACGAACAGGGGUAUUUUCUCCGUUUCGAAAUUCGAUCCCUGCUGGUGAAUCAACAAGAAGCAUCCUCCUUGAAACGUUUCCGACACCUCAUUAUGGACCUGAACCGGUAUCACUCGACAUUCAACGGGACCCCCCACCACUGGUCCCCGGACGCGACAUCAACACGAGCAGUGGUGGACAAUUUGAAAGGGCGAAUUACCAACCAGACAGGGGUCUGGAGAAGGGGUAUAAUCAGGUCGGAUACAGAGUACAGUCGGGACGGUAGGUGGCUCAGGGAUAGAGGGGGUGUUAUUCUAGAAAAGGGCGUGCGACGCGAGAGUAUGAAAGCCGUCCGAAGUAUUCCGUGUGUUCGUUGGAGGUGGGAGCGGGAAGCAAGGGAGAGGAGAAAGGGAUCAGGCUCGACAGUCACAGCCCUAGUCAGUUUCUCGAGAGCAGUCACCCUAACGCAGGCGUCCGUCGCGAUCAGUCGAAUUCCGAAUGUUGAGCUUGGCAGAUAUGCUGUGUCCAGUACAAACGGCGAACCAGCUCGGCGACGCGAAACAGAGCGAGUAAAACGCUUCGAUCUGGGCGAAUCAAUUUGAGUGUUAAGGUGUCCCAGAACAGCUAAGCAUAACACCAGGAUCGCAGGGCUUCCUUCUUUUUUUUUUCGGCGCUUCGGUUGGAUUCUUUGUGUUUCUAUCGAUAAGAUCGGACUGGGGAUAUGUUGACUCGAGAAUCCCGGAGAGGAAGACAGGGAAACGGAAGAGACAGGCUAGGAACGAGACCAGGAAGAGUCUGAGAUGGAAAGAGAAAAGAGAGAGUUAAGUUGGGCCAAGUAAGCGUGGGUAUGCUGGUGAGGUGGAGAGAGGACGAGCCGAGACACCAAACCACAAGUGUACUAGUGAGGAGUAAAAAAGAAAUGGAUUGAUAACGCCCUAUUGCCAGCACACAGGAAGAGAUUUUAUUUAAGUCAAGAGAGAGG